GAGCGAGAAGGGGAGAGAGAGAGAGAGAGAGGGCAGCAAAGAAGCCAGCGCAUUUGCUUGCAGUGAUAGGUUCGCAUCUUCCCAUCCUUCCCCCCCCCCCUCGCAUUUUGAAUAUUAUUUUAGAUUUAGAGUGAAAUCAAGAGAAAAGCACUUUAGAAGCUUGGCCAGGAGUGCAGUAGCAACAGCAAAAAGGGUUUUAUGACGGAUGUCAUACGCUUGCAGUAAGAGCGGGGUAUUUUUCCCCCUCCGGCUGCAUGUAGGUUAGGGGAAAAGAAAGAGCAGGCGAAACCUUGAUUCAUCUCCCUUACCCUCUUGUCUUUUUUAGCGCUUGCCAUUUCCAAACUGGCACUCGAGUUGCAGCCCCAGAAGAAGGGUGGGUGCCUGAGCUUGCUGCUGCUACCGCUGCCUUAGCAAAAACAAAACGGGGGGAAAAUGCUCUUCGGGGUUUGCCGCCUGUAAUUCUAGCUGAGUGCGAUCUAGGUUAAAAGUCGUGCAACUGCAGCCGGCUCGGCCGGGCUGUGCCUGUGUUGAGGAGCGGGUGCUCAAAGACCAGAGCGGAGGAAAAAAAGGGGAGAACGAGUCGGGUGCAUUUUCCACUCGGCGGCCCGCUUCGCAAACCCUCUCCCCGGGCGCUCUCUGCCUUCUUUCCCAACGGACCGAAGAGACAGCAGCCGUCGGCUUGGAGGGCGAGUCAGCCGCGGAGACGGAACGGCGGAGGCAGCCGAUCCCCGCCACAAUGGUGCUGGACAAGGAAGACGGUGUGCCAAUGCUAUCUGUACAACCAAAGGGGAAGCAAAAGGGCUGUGCUGGCUGCAACCGCAAGAUCAAGGACCGAUAUCUUCUGAAGGCUUUGGAUAAGUAUUGGCAUGAGGAUUGUUUAAAGUGUGCCUGCUGCGACUGUCGCCUGGGAGAGGUUGGAUCAACACUUUACACAAAGGCAAAUCUCAUUCUCUGCCGCAGAGAUUACCUGAGGCUCUUUGGGACCACUGGGAAUUGUGCUGCCUGCAGUAAGCUGAUCCCUGCCUUUGAGAUGGUGAUGAGGGCCAGAGAUAAUGUUUACCAUUUGGACUGCUUUGCCUGCCAACUUUGCAACCAGAGAUUUUGCGUGGGAGACAAAUUUUUCCUGAAGAACAACAUGAUCUUGUGCCAGAUGGACUAUGAGGAGGGGCAGCUGAAUGGAAGCUUUGAGCCCCAAGUUCAAUAACAAACCCUGCUUUGCUGAAACACUGUGGGAUGGACGUUCAGCCGCACUAGCAGUGAAGGGCGUCUGUCAGCUUGCCUGCAAUAUUUUUUUAAUUCUUGGUCCAGAAAGGACUAUAUACAUUGUAGUAUUUCCCCCUGUCCCUACACAAAGCAGUUACAAUUUUAGAUGUACAGUUGUGCCUGCUUAGCUGAGCACUGCAUUGCCUGUAUGUUUGUGAGUUUUGGGAGGAUUUGGGGAAGGGAUCUGUACAGUCUGUUUUCUGUAUAUAAACUUGAACAUUUAUUUUAUGAAAAAUGUAAUGCAAUUUUAUUACAGUUGUGAAUUAAAAUUAUGAAUGUUUCCUGGUCA